AUGCUGAAGUUGCUACUGACUCUUGUCCUUUCUCCCAUCCUCUUCAUAGCGACUUUCUUAGUAUUUGUGCCCCUACGCAGCACCCUAGUCCGAGUCAGGGCCUACUAUGAUCCCAAACGCGUCGAGCUCGAAUCAGAGAAAGAUGCCCUCCCACCGACCCAACGUGUCAACCUCAGCUACUUUGGGAUGCUUAAACGCACAUAUAAGAUUGAGGGUGUUUCAGGGCUUUACAAGGGUCUCAGUAACAUAGCCUUCAGUGUGGUUACCGUGAUUGUCGGGGGAGCUGCAGGAUUUCUCAUCUUUGAUCGUUGCCGCAACGGCAAUGGUUUGGAUGAUUCCUGCGGUAAAGCAGUCGGCAGACCGCUUAUUCGUAUGCUCUCCUUAUUGAUCCAAGUUCCGGAAGUCAUCAUUGUGCAUCGAGCUAUGACGACACCUAUCAAACUUCCGUACUUCGCCGCUUUUCACUCACUACGCACCCUUCUGGCGCCAACGGAGCGCCAGCGGCCAUGGAAACUAUUCCUAGUUCCCGGAUUGCUCUGUGCUCUGGCUCUUACCACAACAUAUUCCGCCCUCGUACCCCGCACCCUUCGCACGUCGCUUAUCAGCUUCGGCGACAACACAAUCCUGCCCAAUCAGACAUCUGCUCGCAUUUUGGCGUACGCUGUAGUUUCGGCUUUGACCACGAUGGUCAUGACACCUGUUGAAGUCAUCAUCGUUCGAUUGUCUGUCCAGCGCCCUACUGAAGUGUCACGGGAGUACACCGCAGUCGCACAAGAAGCCGGCGACCACGGGGAGGUCGUUGUACCUUACAGAGAGGAGGACGUCAUCGAGUUGAGGGCAGACAGAAAACCGUACAUGGGACUUUUCGACUGUGCAAAGUAUAUCAUUGCUGAAGAGGGAUGGUCAACGUUGUAUCGCGGGUGGUGGAUCACGAUGCUGUUUAGUAUUCUCUAA